CCCAUUUCACGAUUUUAGAGUCAUGUUCCAAAAUACGUAUGAACGUCGGCUGUGAGAAAUAUCUGAUUUCCUAGUUGCAUAAAACUAACCACGAGGAUCGGGGAGUGACGUAGAGAGCAAAAGGAAGUUGAGCGCAUAUGGUGGUGAGCAUGGCCAAGCAGGCCACAGCUGGGCGCCGCUACCUGCGUUUCUUUGUGAGUGGCUUCUUUGUAGCUGUCCCCGUCACAGUGACCUUUCUGGACCGCUUGGCCUAUGUGGCUAGGGUGGAGGGGGCGUCCAUGCAGCCUUUUUUGAACCCUGAAGGAACAUCAGAGGGCGACGUGGUCCUCCUGAACCGCUGGAGUGUAAGGAACUAUGAGGUGCAGAGAGGUGACAUUGUGUCCGUCAUGUCACCUAGGAACCCUCAACAAAAGAUCAUCAAGCGGGUCAUUGGUCUGGAGGGAGACUUCAUCAGGACACUGGGUUACAAGAAGCGAUACGUGCGGGUUCCUGAUGGACACCUCUGGAUUGAGGGGGACCAUCACGGUCACAGUAUGGACAGCAACACUUUUGGCCCGGUGUCACUGGGGUUGCUUCAUGGUCGGGCGUCUCAUAUCAUCUGGCCUCCUCGCCGCUGGCAGCGCAUCCAAGCAGACCUCCCACCAAACCGGGGACCACUGUACACUGAUGAAGACGUGGAGUGAACAAGACGGUUAUAGAUAUUUAGUCAUAAUUACUAUGACUGCCCCCUGCUAGUGGAACAGAUGCCAACGAGUAGCUGUACAAUAAUACGUUAAGUAAAUGUACUCCUCGAUGCUUUAAGAGCUGGUCAGUGAGGUAGAUGCGAUCCAAUCGGAAUGGAUGUGAGGUCGCGGGAUCGAGCCCCGUCAGUGUGCGAUUUUAGACCAUAAAAAAUCCAUCCAUCCAUUUUCUAUGCCGCUUGUUCUCACUAGAGUAGCGGGGGUAUGCUGGAGCCUACCAUAUAAAAUCAUAAGUGUAUCUUAUAUUUUAUUAUCAGUAUUACUCAGUGUUGAACGUUGAACUGAGCGCAACAUAGUUGUAAAUAAAGGACUUGAACGUGAA